GCACUACAAAAGGCUUGGAGUAAUGCAUGCGCAGCUGAGAGCAAUGCAAGUAUUGAGAUCCCAUUGGGAAGAUACUUAAUUGGGCCGAUAAUGUUCAGGGGCCCAUGUAAGAGCCCGGUAACCAUUCACCUGAUCGGAACUUUGAUUGCAAAGAAAAAUCUAGCUUUGUAUAAGCCCAACUGGAUUGAAUUCCAGUAUAUCAAUGGGCUCAUUCUCUUCGGCCCAGGUAAGGUCGAUGGUCAGGGUGCUGAUGCCUGGACGAAGAACAAGUGCCGCCAGAAUCACAAAUCUCUUUGCAGGCCUUUCCCUAUGAAUAUGGUAUUCAGUUUUGUGAGCAAUGCAAACAUAAGCCGCAUAUCAUCAAUAAACAGCAAAUACUUUCACAUGCUCGUUUUCGGCAGCAACAACAUAACAUUCGACUCCAUAACUAUCUCCGCCCCUGGCGACAGCCCCAACACCGACGGCAUCCACAUUGCCGUCUCCCAGAACAUUAUCGUUCAAAACUCGGUUAUUGGCACCGGCGAUGAUUGUGUUUCCGUUGGUGAUAAGACUCAUAAUCUCACCAUCUCGGGGGUCCGAUGUGGGCCGGGUCAUGGUAUUAGCAUUGGCAGUCUUGGAAGGAAUCUCAAUGAAGAAGAUGUUGUUGGGCUCACUAUAAGAAAUUGUAGCUUUAGAGACACUCAAAAUGGGGUGAGGAUUAAGACAUGGCAGAAUGGAUUGAACAAACUUCAUGUUAGAGAUCUUGUGUUUGAAGAUAUUAGGAUGGAGGAUGUGGAGAAUCCUAUUGUUAUUGACCAGAAGUAUUGCCCUUCAAGGACUUGUCCUGACAAUUUGAGGCCGUCGAGCGUGAAGAUAAGAAAUGUGAAGUUCAACAAUAUUGUGGGCACAUCGACUAGCCAAACGGCGAUCAACUUGGUGUGUAGUGCAUCCAAUCCUUGCGAGGGGGUUGAGCUAAACCACAUUGAUCUCGAGUUCAAUGGUGUUGGUGAGGCCAAAGCUACUUGUAUCAACGUGAAGGCACCUAAGGUCAUCGGCCUCGUCAAACCGGAUAAUUGUGCUUAG